UCCAACAGGGGUCUCUGUUGUAUUUCUCCGUUCCCUCCACCAGGGGUCUCUGUUGUAUUUCUCCGUUCCCUCCACCAGGGGUCUCUGUUGCGCUGCAGCCGCAGAUCACUUCCUGUUGUUAGGAUAAUUCCGUCCUUGGAAGCAGAAGACGUCACCGGGACAGGGAGUGGCGGGAGGUCGGUGAUAGAUCCUCGGGCUUCUCUCCGCCAUCUGCCCGUACAGCCGGUGACCGAACUCCGAGCGACGCCAUCCCCGCGGCUGCAAGUGAGUGAGGAGAAUGCCGGCAUGUGUGGUGAACGGGUGCUCCCCGGCCAAUAGAGGUUCGGAAACUCUCCAUGUGUUCCCUAGGGACAAAGAACGAAUCCGAACUUGGUUAAUGGCGACCGGACAAUACUCUGAUAACCUAGAGGAGGCCGUGAACAAAAUAUUUGACGCUACAAAAAAGAGCGACUCGUAUCGGAUGUGUGCAAAGCAUUUUCCACCUUAUUGCUUUGUCCACAAUCCUAAAACUGGGAAAAAGAAACUGACCAAGAACGCUGUGCCGUCGAUAUUCCCACAGCAAAAUGCGACGGGCGAUACGGCAACGGCCUUACCUCCAGCAACAAAAAGGAAGCGUGGUGAGAUUGCUGCAUUUACUACAGCCUUAAAGCCUGGUGAUUGCUGUCCAACAUGCUCCCAGGUGAUCCCAUCACCGUCAACCACAAAGCCCAGUUCUUCCACUGCCGAAAAGUCAGUAACGCAAGCCGAGAAGGCAACAGAGUUCAAUCGAUUUUAUGGAACGUUAAACAAAAAAAUUCAGAAUACACCUAGAAUGUUUAGUGUCAAGACGCAGUGUUCAUUAAUACGCCUCAGACGCCCCGUGCCAAAAACAAGUCAACGUAAGGUCACGGUACUUCCCGAGGUUAGUGAGAAAUCUGAAACAUCAGUAGAUACAAUUGCACCAAUUUCUACUGUACCUGCAGAACAAAACCCUAAGAAAGUGGAACCAACGAACUUAACUAACAAAAUCGCACUUAAUGUUCAAGAAGAGCAUUAUGCAUUUAACAUAGUGUUGCCGGAGAUUCCUCCAUUGUCCCCUCCCAUUAUAGAGGAAGAGCCCCCUCCCCUUACCAUACCCUUGAAAGACGAAGAGUCAACGUGCCACAUGUCCGAAGAUUCAGACUCCGAAUCAUUAUCAACAGACGAGUCAGGGGAGUCCGAAGAUUCACAAGAAGACGAUGACGAUGAAGGCGAAGAGGUAAUUUUUUCCAAAAGAAAUUUUGGCGACGCUCCUCCCUAUUAUAUACACCCGGUUAAACAGCGGAAAUUUAUCAUCUUUGAAAAUUCUCUGGAUGAACUUAUCCUGAAGAUCCCGUGCCAAUCGGCAAAGUGCACUAGUCCAAUAACAAAAAUUGUUAAAAAGAGGACGGGAUCUUAUAUUUCCAUCUUUGUUGAAUGUGCCGACCACGAUUAUAAUCUCCUAUGGGAAAGCCAGCCCACGAUUGACGGUAAACCGCUCGGAAACGUAAUCUUAGCCUCCGCAAUAUUUGAGAGCGGCAAUAGUUUCCCGAAAAUGAAACAAUUUUUUCAUCUGAUGAACAUUAUGGCGAUGUCGGAGAACGCUUACUCUAAAUACCAGCAUGAUUAUAUUUUCCCAACGAUUGAGAAUUCUUGGAAAAGCAGCCAAAUGGAGAGUAUAGAAAAUGUACAAGGACCCCCUGUGUGUAUCUCCGGAGACGGGCGAUGGGACUCGACGAUAAACAACAAGUAUUGUGUCUACAGUAUGAUGGAUAUGGAGACCAAAAAAAUUCUAUCUUUCGAUGUUCAACGGUCGGCAAUGGGCGUCUCCUCUCCUGAAUCGGAAAAGAUAGCGUGCAAAAACGCACUGGACUUUCUUUUGCAAAAUGAAAUCAGCGUCAAAUUACUCUGCACCGAUCGCCAUUUUCCCAUAAGAAAGAUGGUGAAGGAGAAGUAUCCUACAAUUACCCAUGAGUUUAAUGUGCGGCAAAUUGCCAAAAGUGUGGGUGACAAACUGCUUGAUGCCAGUCACGAGAAGGACUGUGAAGACCUCGCGGAAUGGGUUGGGGCGAUACAAAGCCACUUGCGAUGGUGUUCGGACUCCUAUAAUGGAGAUGAUUCCCUUCUCGUGGCCAAGUGGAAUUCUAUCCUCUACCAUGUGCAGAAUGUCCACGCCUGGGAGGACAAGGACGGUAAAUAUUCUUCUUGCCAACACAAGCAUCUCCCCGAGGACACGAAACGGAAGAGGAAAUGGCUGAAAACAAAUAGCCCGAGCUUCAAAGCUCUAAAGAAAAUCGUAUUGGACAAAAGACUCCGAAAGGACAUGAAGCGGAUCUGUCAUUUCUGUCACACCGGAGACAUAGAGGUUUUCCUCAGCGCCAUUGUGAAGUACCAAAGUGAUCAGAAGGAGCAGCAGCACGUCACCAUCGAUGAAAUGUACGCACGCACUCAAUUGGCUGCCCUGGACCACAAUACUAACUGCAGAAAGAUCCGGGCCAUGGCGAGGAGGUCAUCGAGAACAAGUGCAGGGUCCCAUAGAUAUAAUACGGCCGACCCCAGGGACAGAAGGGAACGGUAUGGCCCGGAGAUGUACGAACCCACCAACCAGGACUUCUUAAUCGAUUUGAUGCAGGAAGUGGUGGAAUUGGUUUCUGGGAAUCGCAGUUUUGAGUGGAGCUCACACACGUCCUCCGCGCCUGAACACAUAAUUCCAGAUGUGAAGCCGGUCAGGAAGUCGAUAAGUUGAGCAUUUUUUUAAAAUAAAACAUUUAUUUUUCUGCUGACCAGCAAUAUGGAAAUUCUAGUAAAACUUUUUUCAUGUUCUCUUUUUAUAAUUUAAUUUAAUAUAUUUUUAAUAAAUUUUUGUUACCUAUUAUUUAUAAACUGAAAAGAACCUGAUUUCUAAAUGGAGUGGAUUUAAAGUAAAAAUAGCAAUUUCACUAGGUAACAUUGUUUUCCGAGUAUAAUCUACGUGUCAAAUUUU